AUGGCAUUGACAAUGUAUCGAUCUUCAGUUGGAGCCUUAUCAUCAUCUUUUAAGUUCCUACAACAUUCUGAAGGAAAAUCAAUAGAAGAUGCCGUGACAAAUAGAAUUGCACAGAACUUUGUCACAUAUACCUAUGAAACCAAUGUCGCAAAUUUGUGUCGCAAUGUAACUGUAACAUGGUCCAAGAACCUCAUGAACCAUACUCUUCACAUUGUAGUGGAAAACCCUUCUAGUGAAAAUCACUACACUUGCAAGGUUGAUCUUAAGACUUGGCAAUUUUGGGGUAGAAAAGGUCUCAAGUCAUUUAGAGUUGAUGACAAAUGCGUAAAUGUCUUCUGGGAUUUUCGAGCUGCAAAAUUCUCUACUAGCCCCGAGCCUUGUUCAGAUUACUAUGUUGCAGUUGUUUCCAAUGAAGAAAUUGUAUUACUGCUAGGGGAUCAGAAGAUUGAAGCGUUAAAGAGAACUCGGUCAAGGCCAUCACUGGUAGAUGCAAUGUUAGUACAUAAGAAAGAAAGUGUGUUUGGAAAGAAAUAUUUUAGAUCCAAAACCAUGUUAGGUCAUGGAAAAAAGGAACAUGAUAUUGUCAUUGAGACUUCCCUAGCAGGGCCUAAUGAUCCAGAAAUGUGGAUUUUCAUGGAUGGGGUUGUGUUGACCCGCGUUAUGAACUUGCACUGGAAAUUUAGAGGGAAUGAAUCUGUGUUGGUUGAAGAUGCACCUCUACAUAUUUUUUGGGAUGUGCACAAUUGGUUAUACAAUAACCCAAAUUCAGGUCAAGGUUUUUUUAUCUUCAAACGAGGUGAACCUGAAAUUGAACUUGAUGGCAAUGGAUACGAUAAAGUCUUGUGUGAUGAAGAUAGUGGAGACGGGACAACGUUUUGCCAUCUCUUACAUGCUUGGAUGAUUGAAUGAGACCCAUUGAGUGAUUGAAUUAUACUUGCAAUAAUGUUUGUCACAAUG